AGAUUGACAGAAUUUUCAGUUCUGGAUAGUUUAUCUUUGUUUCUAUUGCUGCAGUGGCUAUUAUACUAUAUGUGGGUCUAUUUGUAUUAGGCUAACAAAGUAGUACACAAAUUAAAGUUUUACAAGUUGAAUUUGGAAAACGAACUCCAGCAAGAGUGAGGUAAAACAUUUACUUUUCAUUAUAUUAAUGGUAAAAUAGUGCAAUCUUAGACUUUUUGAACACAUAAUACUCUUCAGUAAAUCUAAUUGAAUCUUUAAGAUCACUAUAUCAACUCUCUUACACACUUCUAGAGAAACUUGCGAAAAGACAUUGGUGGAGAAUAAACCACAGUAAUGAUGCUACUUUCAGUCCUUCCACUAACAGGAAAAGGAAAAUUGAAUCUUUAAGAUCACUAUAUCAACUCUCUUACACACUUCUAGAGAAACUUGCGAAAGGACAUUGGUGGAGAAUAAACCACAGUAAUGAUGCUACUUUCAGUCCUUCCACUAACAGGAAAAGGAAAAGAUCCAUAGCGUGCAAAACUGAAUGAUUAUGUCCCAUAGUCGUCUAGAGCUAAAGUUAAAGACUGAUAAUCUGAUGAUGAAUCUAUUCAUCAUUGGAUAGCUACACUAUAUUAAAAAAUCCUAUUAAGAAAAUAUCAAUGCUCUGUUCCUUCACACCUUUCAAUAUGCAAUAUCCAUAUAACCACGUUGUAUCCAUAUUAUAUGCUGGUACAAUUAAUACACACUUUUAAGUCCUUUUUCCUGGCAUAGAUCUCAAGUCAAGGCUCUUCUCCUAACUCCCCCAAGAAGCAGAUAAGAUGGAGGAUGAAGUACAGAAGCCUUUGUUAGCUGUGGCUCCUGCUCCUAGUGUUACUAAUGCUCAUCUUGCAGAUGACAUUAACAGAUUGGAAUUGAUUUUAUCUAAUUCCAAUCAGUCAUGGGUAAAGAAGAUGGGAGAUGCAGUGCUAUUUGAAUGCAAGAAGCUAUGGCCCCUUGCUGCACCCACAGUAAUAGUUUACAUGAUAAACUAUACAAUGAGCAUGAACACACGGAUACUUUGUGGACAUUUGGGUAGCCUGCAACUUGCUGGAUGCUCUCUUGGAAAUACAGGGAUCCAAACUUUCGCUUACGGUCUCAUGUUGGGCAUGGGCAGCGCUGUAGAAACUCUGUGUGGGCAAGCUUACGGAGCAAAAAAAUAUGAAAUGCUGGGAAUAUAUCUGCAAAGAUCCACAGUCCUACUCAUGGCAACCGCCAUUCCUCUGACAGUAAUCUACAUAUUUUCGAAGCCAUUACUGCUGCUUUUGGGCGAAUCUGAGAAAAUAUCAGCGGCAGCCGCAAUAUUUGUAUAUGGUCUAAUACCGCAAAUCUACGCGUAUGCUGCUAAUUUUCCGAUCCAGAAGUUUAUGCAGGCACAGAGCAUUGUGGCGCCCAGCGCUUACAUUUCCUUCUGCACAAUCUUUGUCCACGUGUUUUUGAGUUGGCUGGUUAUUUACAAGCUUGGCUGGGGAAUUUUCGGGGCUGCGUUUAUUUUGAGCGUAUCUUGGUGGAUUGUUGUUAUAGCGCAGUAUGUUUAUAUAAUGAAAAGUCCGAGGUGUAAGAAAACAUGGACUGGUUUUUCUCUUCAGGCCUUCACUGGAUUGUCGUCGUUCGUCAAGCUUUCUGUCGCUUCUGCCGUCAUGUUGUGUUUGGAAACAUGGUACUUCCAGAUACUUGUGCUCAUAGCUGGCCUCUUGAAAGAUGCAGAAAUUGCAUUGGACUCAUUGGCUAUAUGCAUGUCAAUUUUGGGCUGGGUAUACAUGGUCUCUGUUGGAUUUAAUGCUGCUGCCAGUGUUAGAGUAGGGAAUGAGCUUGGUGCUGGGAACCCAAGAGCAGCAGCAUUUUCAGUGGUAAUGGUGAACAUGGUCUCCUUCUUGAUAUCAUUGAUGUUUGCCAUUGCUGUUAUUAUUCUACGAAAUGUGAUGAGCUAUGCCUUCACUGAAGGGAAGGAAGUAGCAGAUGCUGUAUCAGAACUUGCCCCAUUUCUUGCUGUAUCUAUUGUCCUCAAUGGUGUACAACCAGUACUUUCAGGUGUGGCUGUUGGUUGUGGAUGGCAAGCUCUUGUGGCUUAUAUAAAUGUGGGUUGCUACUAUAUCAUUGGUGUUCCUGUGGGAUGUGUGCUAGGUUUCAAAUUUGAUCUUGGAGUGAAGGGAAUUUGGUCAGGAAUGUUAGGUGGAACAACCUUACAAACUAUAAUUUUAUUAGUGAUCACUUUUAGAACAAAUUGGACCAAAGAGGUGGAAAAAGCUUCUCAACGCUUGUCUGUUUGGGAUGCUAAACCUGAAGAUAUGAAUCAAGAACAUACAACAAAUGAUAAGGCUUAAGGAAGACAUUUUGCUUUAUGAUAUACGAGUUUUGAUAGGCCCCUUUUAUAAGGAGGAAGAGAAUAUGCUCGAAUGUCUUGUAUUAUGUAUUACAACAUUAAUAUGGAUGCUUUUUUUAUGAUAGCUUGAGGCGAUUUUGGGUGAUCAAUAUUUUAAGAUUA